AUGUUUGUUCUGAAUUCGUUUGUUGUUUGUUCUCUUUGUGAUUGAUGAUAUUUGUGGUGAUGGGGUCGUUUGUGAGGAACUGUCCACGUGACCUCAGUGAGUGAGGCACUGAAAAUCGUGAUUGGUCGCACAGCGCCUCAGGCAUUGUGGGUUUGCUUUCAGUGUCUAUGAAUGAGAAUAUGCCAAAUAGGCGCUUAAUAGACAAUAUUUAUUAUAAAUUGCUGUUCUCUUCGCGAUUGACGAUGAUGUUAAAAGAGACAAAAGCUUUGCGAUCUUCUUCGUGCCCACCUGACCUAGUUAUGAUAACUGAAAAUUGAGCGUUGCUGCACAGCGUCUCAACAUUAUAAUUUUGCUUUCAGUGCUUAUAAAAUAGAAUAUUCCGUACAGACAUUAUCAAUAUAUAUAAAUCUACUAAAGUCUAAAAUCUACAAAUCGCCGGCGACGAGGUUGAUGACCAGCGUCAGUCCAUGCCAGCCGAUGCCUCCACCGAUCCUUCCCGAGCUGCGGAUGUGGCAGAGGAGGUGGACGAAGACGAAAUACUCGCCAUCCUCGACGGAGACGAGGUCGCCUUCGGAGAUGCCAUCGGGGACGACAGGGAUGGAUAUUUCAUUCCCGGUCCCGACGACGAUGAAGGCUCUGGUGACGACGAUGAUGGAGAAGCUGAUGCUGGUCCAUCGUCGUCGAGCGACGAGAUCGCCACCAGUGGCGGUGGUGCCGAGAUAGCUGUGGAAGGUGGCGCGAAUCCACCAGCAGCUUCUCACAUGGCACCAGCCCAGCAAAUGUCGGAUGACAGAUGCAAGGCACUCUUCCGGCGCCGUAUGCUUAUGGCAAUCGCGGGCUUGAAGGAGUUUGCCCAAGUGAUCAAAUAUGAUCCAACACGACAAGGGCAGAGGUCGAGAUAUCCAAUAAGCUACAGCUUUUGGUUCUCGCUCUGCCGCGUCUCGGUGGACGACUUGAUGGAGUCGUAUAUGGCGGCAAUUCCGCGCAAGUGA